UACCAAAAUUGUCUUUAUAUUGAGACAAUAAUGGUCAUGUAAAAAAUGAAUGCAAGACAGAUGAUCAUUUCGUUUUCAAAAUAUGAGUUUUUUAGUAUACAGUAAAUGUCAAACUCCAUACAAACACACUGACAGAAAAAUAUAAAACUGUUACCAUAUUAAUUCGCUUAAGAAUGAGAGCAAACAAUAUAAAUAACUGUUUUUUGUGUCAAAAAAACAUAUAUUUUUUAUUUGCAAUUUAAAAUUUGAAAGAAACGAAACAGCAACAUAAAUAAAUUAGAAAUAAAAGAAACUUGUCAGAUUUGCGUUCAAAUAAUUAUAAAAAGUGUAAAAUGCCUCGUCAAAAAAGUUUUUUAUACAGAAAAUUUUUUAGAGUUGAAGCCAACACCAAUUACAACAAGUGCACAAUAAUAGAAAAUGAACGUGUUUGUGGGAAAAUCUUAAGGAGUGACCACGGAUCGAACUUAGCGAGUCAUAUAAAAUCCGUCCACAAAAGUACUUGGGCCAAAAUAGAAAAAAAUUCUAUAACAGAACCAGAGAAUCAACCCUCAACUUCGAACAGAUCUGUUGCAAACAUGCUCCAGACUAAAAUAGCCAUUAAUAUUAACAAAGAAGUUUUACUUAAAUCCUGUGUAGAGCUCUGUUCUGUGAAUGGAAGACCAUUUUCUAUUGUGGAGGACUCAGGAUUUCGUAGCAUUGUAGACCCAAUUAUACAAAAAUUAGAUAUGACUUUGAAUCGUCGGGUCGUUAAAGAUCAAGUACUUCGGAAAUUCGAUGGUAUUGUAAAUACAAUUUCUAAUGAGAUUAGUGGCAAAUUACUAUCUCUUAAAAUUGAUGGCCUCACACAUUUGAAUAGAGCAUUUCUCGGUAUCAAUGUGCAGUAUAUUAAGAAUAAAAAAAUUGUUCUUCGGACUUUAGCUGUGGCAGAAUUAUUCGAACGCCACACAGCUGAAUAUCUCAAAGACGUUAUUUUAACCACCCUCAAGAAAUACAAGAUAUCAGCAGACCAAAUUUAUACAUGCACCACCGACAACGGUCGGAAUAUGCUUAAAUGUGUUUCGCUAAUAAACGAAAAUGUAACCGAAUUAGAAGACGAGGUGAUAAAUGAAGAAUUUGAUGACACUUUGAAUGAUUUUAAAUUAAAUACAAGAUGUAUAGGAGUUCGAUGUGCUGCACAUACUCUGCAAUUAGCUGUUAAUUGCGUUUUAAAAGAAAAACUAAUGGAGAAGGUAACGUCGACCGUAAGAACCGUGGUUAAAAAACUUAGAACUCCUAAUGUUGGCAUUCUGUUGAAAAAUGAGGGAUUAAACAAACCGACAAUUGAUUGCGUAACACGUUGGUCUUCUACUUAUGAAAUGCUGGAAUCAAUUAACGGAAAUAAAAUAAAACAAUUUUGCCAGGAAAUGUCUCAAAAAAGUGAUGACUUUUUUAUUUCACAAGAAAUGUGGAAGAGCAUCUCAGAUGCCGUUGAUACGUUGCGACCCGCCAAUAUUGCCACUAAAACGUUGCAAAUGGAGCAACUUACAUUUGGCGAUGCGUAUGCCGCUUGGUGCAAUUGCAAAUUGCAAUUGCAAAAAAUUAAAACAAAUUUUUCCAAUAAUUUAAUAGAACAUAUGAAAAAUAAGGAAAAUAUUUUAUUUGAAAAUGACGCGUUCAUUGGUGCAAUAUUUAUGGAUCCACGCUGGAACGUGGUACUUAAAAACUCUUUAAAGGAACGUGCCAUAGAACACGUUAUUUCUGUAAUAGAUAAAAUGAAUAGUCUUACUCAGACCGAUUGCAUACUUGUAACCGAUGGUGAAAUGAAUAAUAGUUCAUCGUCUAUAGACAGUUUGGAAGCAAUAUUACAAAAUAUAGAAAAGGAAAAUUAUGGCAAAAAUGCAUCAAUAAGAGAAUUAUUAAACGAAUUUUCAAAAGAAAAAAGACUCUGUCUUCAUGACAACGUUAUUCAAUGGUGGGAAGACAGAAGAGAAAUAAAAUCACAGCUGUACAAUAUUGCAAUGGUUCUACUUGCCGUUCCAGCAACGCAAGUCAGUGUGGAACGUCUUUUUUCUGGUGUUAAAUUUUUAAUGAAUCCAAGCCGAAAUCGUCUGGAUGAAGAUAGUUUAAAUGCAAUAGUGGUGAUACGCUCCAACAAGGACUUAUUUUAACAUGAUAACUUUAUAUGUAUUUCUUUAUUUUAAAUUAACACAAAUA